AUAUUGGAUUAUGAGAAUUUCGUCUUCAUCUUCAUCUUCCCAAAGCCUCAAAAUUGGCAUAGUUGGGUUUGGCACUUUUGGCCAAUUUCUGGCAAAGACAAUGAUAAAACAAGGCCACACUCUAACAGCAACUUCUCGAACAGAUUACUCUGAUCUUUGUCUCCAAAUGGGUAUACAUUUUUUCAGGGAUGUCAGCACAUUCCUAGCCUCAGACAUGGAUGUCAUACUUUUAUGCACAUCCAUCAUGUCACUGUCCGAGGUUGUCAGGUCAAUGCCACUCACUUGCCUGAAGCAGCCAACACUCUUUGUUGAUGUUCUUUCAGUCAAAGAGCACCCAAGAAAUCUUCUACUACUAAUGUUGCCAGAGGAGGCAGAUAUACUCUGCACGCACCCAAUGUUUGGACCAGUGAGUGGCAAGAAUGGAUGGAGAGAUCUGACUUUCAUGUAUGACAAAGUUCGAAUUCGAGAUGAAGCUACUUGCACUAAUUUCCUCCAUAUUUUUUCUAGUGAGGGUUGCAAGAUGGUACAAAUGUCCUGUGAGGAGCAUGACAAAGCAGCUGCAAAGAGCCAAUUUAUCACACACACAGUAGGAAGGACAUUGGCAGAAAUGGACAUUAAAUCUACACCUAUUGACACCAAGGGCUUUCAGGCACUUGUUCAAGUGAAGGAAACCAUGGUGGGAAAUAGUUUUGAUCUGUAUAUUGGAUUAUUCGUGCAUAACAGAUUCGCCAGACAAGAGCUGGAAAACCUCGAACAUGCCUUGUCCAAAGUGAAAAAAAUGCUGAUUCAAAGGAUGAAUGAAGAGCAGGGUCAAGAAAACAGAACUGAAAGUUGAUGCAUAAAUUUUAUGAUGAAGAUGUAUUCAC